AUGCCCAACGCCGGAUCCCGUGACCAAAUAACACGCCGCGUGCAACCAAAAGUUUCCAUCCAGUCUCUCGAUCAGAGCAACAAUCCUCAUUUUGAUGCCAAUAUGGAGGUGGUUCUGCCAGGGGUGCCCAACGGCCUUGCGCCGCCCACUCAACCUCCAUCUGUUGAUCCGGCUACUGUUGUCCAAUAUUUAACGGAGACCCUACAGAGCACACUCGACGCUCUGAAAACCGAUUUAGAGAGCGCUGGAAGCUUCUUGUCCAAGGCAAAAUACCCUGAAACCAUUCAACGGUGCUCUCGUUUCGCCUCAGAAUCUCAGGUUGCGUUGUAUGUCCAAAAGGAUGCUAUUGAGCUGGAACAGACGAACGGGACGGAGGAGGGUACCCCUUCCCCAACUAGAUAUGUGUAUAUCCUCACUCUCGAGUUAUCACUUUCCCCUACCACCGUUGCUUCGAUGGCCUUCACGAGGCAGCUUCAGCCAUUAGAUCCGAAUAUCCCAAUAUCCGCCCAAGUCCAUGCCACGAGUCUUCCGGGCUUCCUGUCACCGAUACAGAUGGCUUUGAAUCAAGGCACUACUACAGCUUCACCUCUUCAGACGCUUCAUACCUUUGUUAACCAUGUACUGGGACCGUAUUUUGAUGCCUAUACGAGUGGCCAGGAACGGGUGAACGGGGUGAAAGGGAGGGGCGAUAGCGAUGCGAAGACGGGAGUGCCUGUAACCAAAAAGAAGAUUGCGGAGUUGAAAUCAAGCCUGUUGCAGCUACAAGAGAAUAUUGAAAUUCCCGUGCUGAAUCUUCCAUUGCAUGAGGUCGUCCAGGGAGCAUUGGACCAGGCUGCGGCACGAGGAAUUAAACCUUCUACCGAUCUCAUCCCGGCAUCAGUGCUUGAAAAUACCAUUGUUCUUAACAGUAUCCAGAACAUUGUGAAUGGCUGGAUCAAAUCAAUCCAGACUACCACUCAAAUGUCUAGGGAUGAUAUCAAGGGAUCCGCAAUACAGGAAAUCAAUUUUUGGUUAUCGAUGGAAACUGCCUUGGAAGCGAUCGAGGACCAACUACGCAGUGAUGGAGUGCAACUUACGAUGGAUAUCCUGCGGCAUGCAAAACGAUUUAAUGUAACACUUAGUUUUUCGGCAGAUACCGGACUAAAGGAGACUGCGGAAACGGUCCAGAAAUACAAUCAACUUAUGCGAGAUUUCCCACUUGAUGAACUUUUGUCCGCUACCUCUCUACCGAAGGUGCACGAUGCCCUGAACCUUAUAUUCUCUCAUUUGAACAAGAAACUCCGCAUUUGCCCCUAUCCUAUCAAGCGUUCUCUUUUACUGGUGGAGGCAAUUUCCGGUGAUUUGGAUACCCAAAUCCGAACCCUGAUACACGGACGCUCUAUUAUGCACUUAAGUUUCAAAGAAUUCCGCGCUUUAAUGCGGUCGGCUCAAGUCAUCUGGCGCGCCUGGGAUGAGAAUGUGAAGGAAUUUACAAAUGUUGCUCGUGAUGCUAUAAGACGGCGGAAUGAGAAGUUCAUCUCCAUCAAAGUGGAACCAAGACAUAGCGCAAUUCAAGAUCGAUUGAAGUACAUCAAUACCUUCCGCAACAACCACGAACAGCUGCAACGAACUAUCGUGAACGUUCUUGGACCUAACGCAAACAUGUCAGCAGGUGCUAAUACUGAUGGAGCUGUGACCGUGGAGGAAAUUGGUGAUGUCGAUGCCCUGGAUGAAGUUUCUCAAGCAUAUGCGUCUUUGAAGGAUGUCGACGUUCUAGAUGUAUCUGAAGAAGGUACUCAAAUAUGGAUCCAGGCCGAAGCUUCAUAUAAUGAGCGCACUUCUAGAGUGGAAAAUUCAAUAAUCGCCCAACUCAAGGACCGCCUGGCUACCGCGAAGAACGCUACGGAGAUGUUCCGUGUCUUUUCAAAAUUCAAUGCCCUGCUUGUCCGACCCAAGAUUCGAAGUGCUAUUAGUAUACACCAAUCUGAAUUAAUCGAGCUAGUUAAGCACGAUAUUGCAAAACUGCAUGAGAGAUUCAAGCAACAGUAUGGUCAUUCUCAAGCACAUCCCAUGGCGCAGCUACGAGAUCUUCCUCCGGUAUCAGGUGCAAUCGUCUGGGCUCGUCAGAUUGAACGGCAACUUGAUGGCUAUAUGAGAAAGGUCGAGGACGUUCUGGGAGAAGACUGGGACUUGCAUGCUGAAGGGCAGAAACUCCAGGCUGAAAGUAACAUGUUCCGAAAGAAGCUUGAUACGCGACCUAUAUUUCAGAACUGGUUACAGGAUGUUCAACGACGAAAUAUUACGAUUUCCGGCCGCUUGUUUAAGAUUUUCCGCAAUCGUGCGACGGGGAACACUUUAGAACUAGAUGUUAAUUUCGACCCGCAGAUUAUUGUGCUUUUCAAGGAAGUUAGAAACCUUGUCUGGCUCAAUUAUCAAGUUCCUCAUGCUAUCAACACGAUUUCCAAAGAAGCGAAACGAGUGUACCCAUACGCCAUCAGUUUAAUUGAAAGUGUCCGAACUGCCUUGCAAACAAUGCGUUCGAUCUCAUCUAUGGCUGAGGUUUCCAUUCUUUUGAGUGGGUACAAAAACGACGUCCAGGCUUUAAUCAUGAAGGGUCUUCCAUUGCGCUGGGAGUCAUUUAUACAUUCUUAUGAACUCCACAUCAAGCAGGUAAUGGCCAAUGGGGCAGUUGAUCCCUCACCAGCGCAGGGUCGAAGUGAAAGCAAGCAUGUUCAAUUUGUUCGCGAAUUUGCUGCCUCGGCCUUUGUUCUUCAGUCGAAAACUUCAACCCUCUUUGCAAUUAACGAAAGUAUCCAGAAAGCCAUUACCGAUCUCAGGACUUGCCCUUACGAUGCGUCCAUCUUCCGCCAGCGCCUGGAUGAAAUCCAAAAUUCUGUCGAUAAGUUGAACCUGGAGAACUAUGUGAAUCUCGGCUAUUGGGUUUCUAAUAUGAACAAGACAAUCGAACUUAUUCUCCAAGAGCGCUUACACCGCGCGAUAAGAGAGUGGAUUUUAGCGUUCCAGGAAAUCAAGUAUGAUGAGAACGGUGUCCAACGGAAAACGUAUGCUGAAACCUCAAAGACAGCAAAUGACGCCGAAACACAAACCUACACGAUUGAGUUCCCCAAGCUUUUCCAUGAAAUUUCCAUGAGAAAUCAAGUACUUCGCUUAGAUCCUCCUCUGGAGUACGCAAGAGCUAGCUGGUUUGCUCAUUUCGACCAAUGGGUUGGAGUUCUUUGCAAUCUAGAGAAAAUUAAAUCGGCGCGAUAUAAGAUGUCAAUCGAGACGGAAAAGGCUCGGCUAUCCGAAACCCACUUCACAAAUCUCCCACAAUAUUGUACCAGUGAAUUAGUCGAGGUGUAUUCUGUAAUUGGUGCUAGACUAGAAGACAUCUCGGACUACGUGGAUAAAUGGCUACAAUUUCAAUCCUUGUGGGAUCUUCAAGCCUCCCAAGUUUACGACACGCUGGGUGACGAUUUGUCCCGAUGGUUGCAACUUCUCCAGGAAAUCCGUAAAAGCCGCGCAACAUUUGAUACUUCUGAAGUUGGCAAAUCAUUCGGCAAUGUUAGGAUCGAUUAUGAGCAAGUGCAGACCAAGGUUAAUGCCAGAUAUGACCAAUGGCAACACGAAAUUUUGCACAAGUUUGGCGGCAAGUUUGCCAGUCGUAUGCGCGAAGUCCAUGAUGAAAUCGUCUCUGCCAAGAAAGAUCUGGAGAGCCAGACGCUGGAAGCUUCAUCAACUGCACAUGCCGUUUCGUUCAUUACAAUCGUCCAGCAAUGCAAGCGAAAGGCGCGAGUGUGGGGUCCGGAAGUUGAUCUCUUCCUCCAGGGUCAGGCUACCCUGACUCGACAGCGCUAUCAUUUCCCCAGCGACUGGUUACAUGUUGAGCAGGUUCGGGAUGACUGGAACGCCCUCAGCGAGCUCCUUGAACGAAAGAGCAAGAUCGUGCAAGACCAAACUGAUGCCCUUCAGGCAAAAAUCAUUGCAGAGGACCGUGUUAUCAGUAACAAGAUCGCCGAAAUAAUCCACCAGUGGAACGAGGAGAAGCCAGUUUCCGGCUCUAUUCCGCCGGAAGAGGCCUCUAGAACACUAAGCUCCUUCCAAUCACGAUUGGAAAACCUCCGCUCUGAAUCUGAAAUGGUCACCAAAGCGAAGGAGGCCCUUGACUUGCCCGGAAGUCCGGAAACGGCUCUUGCGGCUGUACUUGAAGAAGUGCAGGAUUUCAUGUCGGUCUGGGCAGCAUUGUCAACGAUCUGGAAAAGCUUGAAUGAACUAAGGGACGUGCUAUGGAAUAGUGUCCAGCCGAGAAAACUUCGCCAGUCGCUUGACGGGCUUAUCAAAAUGACAAAGGAAAUGCCGAGUCGGAUGCGACAAUAUGCUGCCUUCGAACAUAUCCAGGCUACUUUGCGCCAGCUUCUCAAAGUCAAUCCUUUGCUUUCCGAUAUGAAAUCCGAAGCCGUCCGGGAGCGACAUUGGCAAAAGAUCUUUAAAGUUCUUAAACCAGGCAAACGGUUCUCCCAAAUCUCACUCACCCUUGGUGACGUUUGGGAUCUGCAGCUGGCUGCCAGCGAAUCUGUUAUUCGUGAUAUUAUCGCCCAAGCCCAAGGUGAAAUGGCCUUGGAAGAAUUCUUAAAAAUGGUCCGCGAAACAUGGCAAAAUUAUUCUCUCGACCUUGUGAACUACCAGAACAAAUGCCGCUUGAUCAAGGGCUUCGAUGACCUGUUCGCUAAAUGCAGCGAGAACCUCAACUCUCUUCAAGCAAUGAAGCAUUCACCUUAUUACAAAGAAUUUGAGGAAGACGCUAGUUCUUGGGAGGAUAAACUAAACAGAGUUCACGUUCUCUUCGAUGUCUGGAUUGACGUUCAGCGACAAUGGGUAUAUCUUGAGGGCGUUUUCACUGGAAAUGCGGAUAUCAAGCACUUGCUUCCUGUCGAAUCUGGCCGAUUCCAAAAUAUCAAUUCCGAAUUUUUCGCUGUCAUGAAGAAGGUCUAUAAGUCCCCCUUCGUUUUAGACAUUCUUGCUAUUGCUGGAGUUCAAAAAUCCCUCGAGCGAUUGGCGGAGCUUCUUCACAAAAUCCAAAAAGCCCUUGGAGAGUACUUGGAGCGAGAACGCAUGUCUUUCCCACGGUUUUAUUUCGUUGGCGACGAGGAUCUCCUUGAGAUUAUUGGUAAUAGCAAUGACACUCUUCGUGUUGCGAAACACUUCAAGAAGAUGUUUGCUGGGCUCUCUGGUUUAUUGAUGGAUGACGACGGCAACAUUGUUGGAUUCAGCUCAAAAGAAGGAGAGGAAGUUAGGCUGAAGCGAGAGGUUUCGCCUAUUAAAACCCCGAGGAUCAAUGACUGGCUGAGUGCUUUGGAUACUAACAUGAAGCUAACAUUGGCUGAAUUGCUAGCGGAGGCAAUUGAACAAUUCGAACCCAUUUAUAGCGCCCCUGAAGUCGAUCAGACUGCAUUUAGCGACUUCCUCGCCAAUUAUCCAGCUCAGAUAGUCGUUCUUAGUAGUCAAGUUGUCUGGACUCAAGCUGUCCAAUCCGCUCUUGAGGCCGGGGGAAGUGGCUUACCCGCGCUCUAUGAUGCGGAGCGAGACUCGAUUGCCAAGCUAAUCAGGUUUAAUGCUUCCUCACCAACACACUAUCUCUGGCUUUUACAAAUGCGAUAUGUAUACCAGGCUCAAGGAGACUUUUCACAGCGACUUCACGUCCACAUGGCAAACGCGAAACUGGAUUACGGCUUUGAGUACCUCGGUGUCCCUGAACGACUCGUACGAACUCCGCUGACAGACCGUUGUUUCUUGACGCUUACUCAAGCGUUGUGUCAGCGACUGGGUGGCUCUCCGUACGGCCCGGCUGGAACUGGAAAAACUGAAUCAGUCAAAGCAUUAGGCCUUCAGCUCGGUCGAUUUACGCUUGUCUUCUGCUGUGAUGAUACAUUUGACUUCCAAGCCAUGGGCAGAAUUUUCUUGGGUAUCUGUCAAGUGGGUGCAUGGGGCUGUUUCGAUGAAUUCAACCGUCUGGAGGAAAGGAUACUGUCUGCGGUUUCACAGCAGAUUCAAAAUAUUCAGAUUGGACUGAAAAAUAGUAGUGAUGAGGAGAAGGCCCAAAUCGAGCUCGUCGGUCGCCAACUGCGGGUCAACUUGAACACUGGAAUUUUCAUCACGAUGAACCCUGGAUACGCUGGUCGAUCCAACCUUCCUGACAACUUGAAGAAGCUAUUCCGCAGUGUAGCUAUGUCCAAGCCCGAUAAGGAAUUAAUUGCAGAAGUCAUGCUCUUCUCCCAAGGAUUCAAACAAGCCAAGCCUUUAUCAAGACAAACUGUUCCAUUCUUUGAACACUGCGCCAAACGCCUGACGAAACAAGCACAUUACGAUUUUGGUCUACGUGCUUUGAAGAGUGUCCUUGUCAGCUCUGGUGGACUUAAACGUUUACGUCUUGCAAAUUCCGACGGCGACCUCGGGCCUAAUGAGAUUAUCGAACCCCAAAUCAUUGUCCAAAGCAUUAGGGAAACAAUCGCACCAAAACUAAUUCGAGAAGAUGUUGAGACUAUGUUGCAGAUCCAGACUGAUGAAUUCCCUGGAGUUGAGUAUGUUCCCGCGAACUUCGAGAAGCUGACGCAGGCCAUUCGCGAUAUUGCCUGGGAAAAUCAUUACGUUGCUAGUGACACAUGGAUCGCGAAGACCUUGCAACUUUACCAGAUUCAGGGCAUCCACCAUGGUGUCAUGAUGGUGGGAAGAUCCGGUGCUGGUAAAAGUGCAGCAUGGAAGACACUACUCGAGGCAAUGCAGAGAGUGGAAGGGAUCGAAGGAGUUUGCCAUGUUAUCGACUCUAAGGUCAUGUCUAAGGAAGCCCUUUACGGUAACCUUGAUAGCACUACCCGAGAAUGGACUGAUGGUCUCUUCACUGGAAUUCUCAGAAAAAUCGUCGAUAACCUUCGAGGUGAGGAUUCAAAACGACAUUGGAUUGUAUUCGAUGGAGAUGUUGAUCCGGAAUGGGUGGAAAAUCUGAACAGCGUCUUGGAUGACAACAAAUUACUUACUCUUCCAAACGGCGAACGUCUGAAUCUGCCUGCAAAUGUCCGGAUUAUGUUCGAAGUUGAGACUCUUAAAUACGCCACUCUUGCAACAGUUAGUCGAUGCGGUAUGGUCUGGUUUAGCGACGACACUGUAACUCCCAAUAUGAUGGUGACCAACUAUAUUGAGUCUUUGAAAACAAGAACCUUUGAAGAUCUUGAUGAUGAUAGCGUACCAUCUGGCCAAUCUUCCGCGAAGACGCUGGAAACUCAGAAAAUGCUUGCCAACUUGCUGGAAGGCCUCCUCCAGAACGAUGACCUCAUUCUAAAAGCACUCGAAGAGGCAAAAAAAUAUAAUCACAUCAUGCAAUUCAGUGAUAUUCGGGCUCUUAACACCCUCUUCAGCUUACUGAAUAAGUCCUGCCGAAAUAUCCUUGAGUACAAUAUUCAGCAUAUUGAUUUCCCGUUGGACCCAGAGAAAGCCGAGUCUUACAUGUCGAAGAAGCUUUUACUAGCACUUGUUUGGUCUCUUACUGGUGACUGCACCUUAGGUGACCGAAAAGCAUUCGGCGAAUAUGUCACUGCAUUUUCUACGAUUGACUCUCCCCUACUCAAUGAAACUUCUUCCCUCAUAGACUUUGAUGUCUCACUUCCUAAAGCUGAAUGGACCACUUGGCAAUCACAAGUGCCAUCUAUUGAGAUAAAUACACACUCCGUCACGCAAACAGAUGUCAUUAUCCCUACAUUGGACACGGUGCGCCACGAAGAUGUUCUUUAUUCAUGGCUGGCUGAGCAUAAACCACUCCUGCUUUGCGGCCCUCCUGGUUCCGGAAAGACCAUGACCUUGUUCUCCGCCUUGAGAAAGCUUCCUAACAUGGAGGUGGUUGGACUUAACUUUUCUAGUGCUACGACUCCUGAUCUUCUCAUUAAGACAUUCGAGCAAUACUGCGAGUACAAGAAAACUCUUAAUGGCGUUGUUAUGUCUCCCAAUCAGAUUGGUCGCUGGUUGGUGAUAUUCUGUGACGAAAUAAAUCUUCCAGCCCCUGACCAAUACGGUACGCAACGCGCAAUUUCCUUCCUCAGACAGCUAGUUGAGCAAAACGGCUUCUGGCGGACGACAGAUAAAACUUGGGUUACACUAGAUCGCAUUCAGUUUGUUGGUGCUUGUAACCCUCCAACUGAUGCCGGUCGUACUCCACUUGGCGAACGUUUCCUUCGACAUGCUCCCCUUAUCAUGGUAGACUACCCUGGAGAACUCUCUCUGAUGCAGAUUUAUGGAACGUUCAAUUCUGCCAUCCUCAAGAUUAUACCUCUACUCCGUGGAUAUUCUGAAGCAUUAACUAAGGCCAUGGUUCAAUUUUACCUAGAGUCACAAGCAAGAUUCACGCCACAGAUCCAACCUCAUUAUGUCUACUCUCCCCGAGAACUCACAAGAUGGGUUCGCGGCGUCUAUGAAGCAAUAAAGCCACUGGAAACACUGUCUCUCGAAGGGCUAGUGCGAAUCUGGGCCCAUGAAGCUCUGCGCUUGUUCCAGGACCGGCUUGUCGAUGAAGAUGAGAGAACAUGGACCUCAGAUGCUGUGAAACGAAUUGCACUGGAAAACUUCCCGACCAUGGAAGAGCAACAGGCAUUACAGGCACCUAUUUUAUUUUCGAACUGGCUAUCCAAACAUUACGUCCCAGUUGAGCAAGAGCAGCUCCGUGAAUUCGUCAAAGCAAGACUCAAGACCUUCUGCGAGGAAGAGGUUGACGUGCCUCUUGUGUUAUUUAAUGAUGUUCUAGAGCAUGCUCUCCGCAUUGAUCGUGUGUUCCGUCAGCCCCAAGGACACCUCAUUCUCAUUGGUGUAAGUGGAAGCGGUAAAACAACAUUGUCACGUUUCGUUGCUUGGAUGAAUGGCUUGAAAGUGUUCCAGAUCAAAGUCCAUGGCAAAUACUCAGCAGAAGAUUUCGAUGAGGACCUCAGAAGUGUUUUGCGCAGAGCAGGAUGCAAAGGCGAAAAGAUAUGCUUUAUUAUGGACGAAUCCAAUGUUCUUGAUUCGGGCUUCCUAGAACGGAUGAACACACUUCUGGCCAACGCUGAAGUUCCCGGCCUCUUCGAGGGUGAUGAAUUCGCUUCAUUGAUGACGGCUUGCAAGGAAGGUGCACAGAGACAGGGACUGUUGCUGGAUUCUCAAGAGGAACUCUAUAAAUGGUUCACACAACAAAUCGUCAAGAAUCUUCACGUUGUAUUUACCAUGAAUCCUCCAGAGGAUGGCCUCUCUUCCAAAGCGGCGACAAGUCCUGCGCUUUUCAAUCGAUGCGUUCUCAACUGGCUCGGCGACUGGUCGGAUCAAGCUCUCUUCCAAGUCGGCUCCGAGCUUACCCAAUCUGUUGAUCUCGACAAGGCCAACUUCGUUGCGCCCGAUGGCAUCCCGGUCGCUUAUCGUGGUCUCAAUCUUCCUGCUUCCCACCGAGACACGGUCAUUAACUCAAUGGUUUAUAUCCACUACUCUCUUCAGAAAUUCAACCAGCGUCUACAAAAGCAGCAAGGCCGAAUCACUUAUCUUACUCCCCGCCAUUAUCUUGAUUUUGUCGCUCAAUAUGUGAAACUUUUCAAUGAAAAGCGGGAAGAUCUGGAAGAACAACAACGCCAUCUGAAUGUCGGUCUUGAGAAGCUCCGCGAUACUGUGGAGAAAGUCAGCGAAUUACGACGGAGCCUUGCUGAGAAGAAGCGCCAACUCGAACAGAAAGAUGUGGAGGCGAAUGAAAAGUUGCAACGCAUGGUUGCCGAUCAACAAGAGGCCGAGCGACGUAAAGCGGCUUCCCUUGAAAUACAAGUGGCACUAGAAAAGCAAGAGCAUGAAGUAGCUCGUCGAAAAGAAAUCGUCUUGGGCGAUCUUGCCAAGGCUGAACCUGCCGUGCUUGAAGCUCAGAAGAGUGUCAGCAAUAUUAAGCGACAGCACCUCACUGAAGUUCGUGCAAUGGGAAAUCCGCCUGCAAGUGUUCGGCUUGCGCUGGAAUCAGUGUGCACUCUGCUUGGUCAUAGAGUUGAUAGCUGGAAAACCAUUCAAGCGAUUAUUCGGAGGGAUGAUUUUAUUGCUAGUAUUGUCAAUUACAACAACGAAAAACAAAUGACCCGUAGCCUGAGGAACAAGAUGCGUGUGGAUUAUCUUUCCAAAGACGAAUUCACUUUCGAGAGAGUAUACCAUGCCAGCAAAGCUUGUGGCCCGCUAGUCAAGUGGGUUGAAGCUCAGGUGAACUACUCUGAAAUUUUGGAUAGAGUCGGACCACUCCGAGGCGAAGUCGAUCAACUAGAACAGCAGGCAUUGCAAACUAAGGCGGAAGCACAGGCCAUCGAAAACACCAUAAACACCCUGGAAAGCAGUAUUGCCACCUACAAAACUGAGUACGCGGGACUUAUUAGCGAAACCCAGGCCAUUAAGACCGAGAUGUCGCGCGUGCAAUUUAAGGUCGACAGAAGUGUCCGUUUGCUAGACAGCCUGUCUUCGGAAAGAUCUCGUUGGGAGGAAGGAAGCAAAUCCUUCGAGACACAGAUAUCCACUCUUGUCGGAGAUGUCCUCAUUGCAGCUGCUUUCCUCGCAUAUGGUGGCUUGUACGACCAACAGUUUCGAAAGGCAAUGAUCGAUGACUGGGUGUACCAAUUAGGCCAGUCAGGGAUCAGCUUCAAGCCCCACAACCCCAUUACUGAGUACCUGUCGAAUGCAGAUGAGCGACUAUCCUGGCAAGACCAUUCGCUUCCAGUUGAUGACCUGUGCACGGAAAAUGCUAUUAUUUUAAAGCGCUUCAACAGAUACCCGCUUAUCAUCGACCCUUCUGGCCGCGUUACUGAAUUUCUGCAGAAGGAGAGCAAAGACCGGAAACUUACAGUUACUAGCUUCUUGGACGACUCGUUUAUCAAACAGCUGGAGAGCGCAUUACGGUUCGGCAACCCAAUUCUUAUCCAAGACGCUGAGUAUCUGGACCCGAUUCUCAAUCAUGUUCUCAACAAAGAAUACCAGAAAACUGGUGGCCGUGUCCUUAUCCAGUUGGGUAGACAGGAAAUUGACUUUUCCCCUGCCUUCAAAUUGUUCUUAUCGACAAGAGACCCGUCUGCAACUUUCGCCCCAGACAUCUGCAGCAGAACGACUUUCGUUAACUUCACUGUCACCCAGAGCAGUCUCCAGACUCAGUCUCUAAAUGAAGUGCUCAAGUUUGAACGCCCCGAUGUUGACGAACGCCGAACGAAUCUCAUUAAACUCCAAGGCGAAUUUAAGAUCCACUUGCGCCAAUUGGAAAAACGUCUUCUACAAGCCUUGAACGAGUCUAGAGGUAACAUCCUCGAUGACGACAAUGUCAUCGAAACCCUGGAGACAUUGAAAAAGGAAGCUGGUGAAAUUUCCAACAAGAUGGUUGAGACUGAAGGUGUCAUGACCGAAGUUGAAAACAUUACACUUCAGUAUAACAUCAUUGCACGAUCCUGCAGUGCCGUAUUCGCUGUUCUUGAGCAACUUCAUCACCUUAAUCACUUCUACCAAUUCUCUCUGCAGUACUUUGUCGACAUUUUUAACACUGUCCUCCACCAGAAUAAACAUCUCGCCCAGGAAAAAGACCAUUCUGCAAGAGUCAACAUCAUCCUCCGUGACCUGUUCAUUACCGCCUACCAAAGAACUUCACUUGGCCUUCUCCAGAAAGACAGAAUAACACUCGCUAUGCUUUUAGCUCAAGCCUCGCCUUAUUCUAUGGAUAAGGGAAUUAUAGACACUAUUCUGGACACGAGUGUCGAGGGGUGUGAUGUAUCCUUAAACAAGGAUCUCAAAGAUUCCGUAAUGGCAACUGCUUCGCAGAUGUCACUCUUCAGUUCAUAUUUGCCAUCAGUUACUCCAGAGGCUUGGGAGAGGUUCCUCUCAGAAGAGUUUGCUGAAAAUUUUGUCCCUACUGUCUGGGAGGAAGGCACCAGCCCCCGUGACCAGCAACUCCGGUCGCUUCUCUUGGUGAAACUCUUCCGCAUUGACAGAUUUGUCCCUACUGCUGAAAAAUUUGUUACUGAAGUUUUUGGACGGGAGCUCUUUGAGAGCAGCGGAGAUCUUAAAGAUGUCGUUGAACAGGUUACUGCCACCGCCCCUAUUUCACUAAGCUCAAGUCCCGGUUUCGAUGCCAGCUACAAGGUAGAUGGACUUGUCGAACGGAUGCACGCAACUUGUGCAAACAUUGCCAUGGGUUCGAACGAAGGAGUUGAGAGCGCGGACAAAGCUAUCAGUAACGCGGCUGCAACUGGCACCUGGGUCCUUGUCAAAAACGUACAUCUUGCGCCGUCUUGGCUUCAAAGUCUCGAAAAACGCCUUGACUCUCUCAAACCACAUAGCGAUUUCAGACUUUUCCUAUCCAUGGAGUCGAGUCCCAAAAUACCUGUCAAUUUGAUUCGAGCUUCGCGAGUUCUGAUGUUUGAGCAACCCGCGGGUGUACGCGCCAAUAUGAAGGACUCUCUGUCAUCCCUAUCCGCCAGAGCCAGUAAGCCACCAGUGGAGAAAGCUCGUAUUUAUCUGUUGCUCUCAUUCCUACAUGCAGUCGUUCAGGAGAGACUUCGCUACGCACCUAGCUUGGGAUGGAAAGGUUUCUGGGAAUUCAAUGACAGCGAUUAUGAAUGUUCUGCGUUUAUAAUCGACACGUGGGUUGACUCGAUUGCCCAAGGCCGUUCCAACGUCGCGCCGCAGAAAUUCCCUUGGGACUUGCUCCGCACAUUGAUUACCGAAACAUACGGUGGUAAAAUCGACGAUAGCGGGGAUUUCCAGCUUCUCAACGAUCUUGUUAACAGCAUCCUGACUCCAGCUGCUUUUGAGGAUGAACACAACCUAGUUGCUGGUAUUGAAGAUGAUGAUUGCCUUAAGCUACCCUCAGGAACUAGUAUGCGAGACUUUAUUGAAUGGGUCAAUCGACUACCCGAGCGUGAACCCCCAACGUAUCUGGGGCUGCCUGCCAACGCAGAAAAAUUGCUUCUUGUUGGAUAUGGCAAGACAAUGAUUGAGAACCUUGCCAAGGUUACCAACCUUCUCGAUGAGGGAGAACAGUUGAUGGUCGAGGCGACUGCUCUAUAA